AUGUUCAGUGUGAUUCAAGGUGUUAGUGAAUUAUCGCAAUUCAAUACAAUUCGAAAUGAUUAUGAAACGUUCCGACUUCAUUACACCUUCACAGUGGUUCUCCUGCUGACUUUCAGUGUCGUUGUCACGUCCACUCAAAUCGUUGGAAACCCCAUCACUUGCGACUACAAACGCGAGGACUCAAUGAAAAAAAUUAUGAAUACUUAUUGUUGGAUCCACGCAACUUUCUUGAAUCCUGCUGCUUUCAACAAGAGUGUUGGUUCCGAAGUCCCACAUCCUGGCAUUGAUUCAACACCCGUUUCACCUAAUUUCCACUUCUACAAAUAUUAUCAGUGGGUCUACUUCAUGUUCUUUCUUCAAGCCAUCCUCUUUUACAUCCCGAGAUGGCUUUGGAAAACCUGGGAAGGAAGGAAGAUGGAAACACUGACGGGUGCCUUCGACAAUAUUCUUGUCAGUGAAUUGGAAAAGAAGAAGAAAAUGGAAUGCUUAAUCAUAUACAUAGUGAAGACCUGGAAAAUGCACAACUGGUACGCUGCGAAAUACAUGAUUUGUGAACUCUUGUCCCUCAUCAACGUCGUCGGUCAGUUAUUUAUUCUACAUCGAUUCUUCGAUGGGAAAUUUUUAAGAUUCGGUAUAGAAGUGGUGAGAUAUGCCGUUUCAUUCCGGUACUCCUCAGCUUCCGAAGCCACGGGAGAGCAAAGGAUGGACCCGAAGAUCAUGCUGUUUCCUCACGUUACUAGAUGCAUAUUUCGCAAGUAUGGAAAAGGGUCGAAUAUCGAAAAUCAUGAUGCUCUAUGUGUUAUGACUCUCAAUAUACUGAACGAAAAAUUCUACAUAUUUUUAUGGUUUUGGCUGGUCUUCUUAUCUUUAUUGACAACCAUGGCCUUUAUAUCGAAUCUUCUCUUACUCUUCAGCCCACUUCUGCGUUCACACGUGAUAUUUAUUCGUACUCGUUCCGUAAAUCGAAGAACAAUCCAUGAGCUUCUAAGAAGAGGAACUUUCGGUGACUUUUUUCUUUUGGACCUUCUUAGCUUAAAUAUGGACCGUUUCUUAUUUAAAGACGUCAUUACAGAAGUUUCAACUCGACUUCCAGAUAAGGAUAUCAUUCUUAAAUUUUGA